ACUCGCCUGUGAAAUUUUGGCUGAAUUCUCCCAAGCCAUUUCCAAUGGCGGUAAGACUUUACGGCAAUAUGUAGAGUGGUCUGUGAAAGAGGCGUUACUUUGGACCGUUGUGUAGCUGUAUUCAUCUCAAGUCACAAUUUGCUUUGUAUUGAUCAAAAUUAUGUGCAGUUAAAUCGCCGACUUCAGUUCAGUAUUAGUUCGUAACAUGACUAUCGCAAGAGACACAACAAUGGGAGAGGCCCCAUCCUACGGUAUUGCCACUGGCAACCGCUUUGCUAUGGUAGAUAUCGGUGACGAUAUCGAAGAUCCGGCCGAGUUCUAUAAUCUUAUAGAACAGUCGAACGCCGCCAAGAAGGCAGAAAGCAAGAAAAAGAAGGAGAAAAAGCCCGAGAAAAAGAAAGAAGAAGAGAAAAAACCUGAGAAGAAAGAGGAAGAAGCUGCAAAAGAGAACACGAGAGGUCGUGGUAGAGGCCGAGGUGGACGUGGUAACAGUCGUGGUCGCGGGGGAGAACGUGACGGCAGCGCUGACAACCGCAGACGAUAUAACCGAGACAAUGACGAUAGCAGACCCCCUAGAAUGCAGGACGAUGGAGGUGACUCAAAACCAGAGGACGGAGACCGGCCUCGUGGUGGAUACCGAGGACGCGGCAACAACCGUGGUCGCGGCCGUGGCGGUUACCGUGGAAGCGGCAGACAAUAUGACAGACACUCUGCCGAUGGAAGAAGUGGCAAGCCCUCAGAAAAGAGAGACGGAGGCGGUGCACACAACUGGGGUACACCUGUGGAAGAAGCAGCCGCCCCUAACUGGAGUGCUGAUGCUGCCGCCGGUGACGGUUGGACAGCUCCUGCUGAGACCCCUGCUGCUGAUGCUGGUGGUUGGGGAGACGUGCAGCCUGCUGCCUCUACCGAACCAAGUGGAUUUGACAACGUUCAGCCAAGUAGCUCCGAUGCUGCUCCAGCAAGCGGAUUUGACAAUGUCCUGCCAAGUGGAUCUGAAGUGCCCAGUGGAUUUGAUAAUGUCGAAGGAGCCGGAGAAAACGCUGAUGCGGGACCUCCUAAGGAAGAAGAACCCGACCAAAUGACUUACGAGGAAUAUCUGGAGAAAUGUAAUAACGAAAAGAAAGAAACUGUCUUCAAUGUCCGAAAGCCUGGUGAAAAUGAAGACGGUGGUCAAUGGAAGAACUUCGCUCCACUCAAAAAGGAAGACCAAAAUGCCUAUAUGGGUGGAAUGGACGAGUAUGAGAAAAUCAUAGUCCGUGGAGGAAGAAAGAAGAACCUAGUCGAUGUGGAUGUCAAGUUCUCCAACCCAUCCAGACGUGGUGGAAGAGGCAGAGAGGAACGAGGUGGAAGCAGAGGUGGCAGAGAUCGCCGUGAAGACCGAGGUGAUCGCCGUGAAGACCGCGGUGAUCGUCGUGAUAACCGGGCUCAGGCUGCUCCCAAAGCACCCAACCUGGAAAGUUUCUCAGAAACAGAGUUCCCCUCACUAUCAUAACGCCUCUGGCCUCUCUCGUUGGUUGUGUCUCUUGUUGAACACUGAACACAAACUCUCGGAACACCGUCCUCAGACUCGGUGUUUCUGAUACUGAUCCCCAAUCAGCACCAGGUGUCAUGCCAUCUCGCACCCGGUGCUGUCACCUAGCACCUUCACCCACUUCCCCUGCUAAUUUUUAGUAAUUUAUUUGUUACCCCGGGUCUGAGACGUGUUUUCGUUAGACUUCUCGUUUAUUUUUAUUUAUAGAAUGUGGAAUAUUUCAUAUUUGUUUUACACAAA